GGAAAGUCAGUGUGAAUACUGCGGGUCGGCCCAUGAUCCAUGAUCCAAAGCAAUCAAAGUCCCAAACCUCUCUCGAAGCUAUCCACAGCACCACUCGUCGCUCCACCACUACUGGAAACAAGACCGAUGAGCUUCCUUCUCUUUCGUCCUCUUCCAAAGCCUGACUCUCAUCGCUCCGAAACCCAACCAUGGCGAUUGGAUUCAGUUGAUGAGGAGGAGGAAGAGGUGGUUGGGCCGCCGAGACCACCGCCGGGGCUGAGUUUCGGUGAUUCGGAUUCAGAGGAAGAAGAAAAAGAGAAUCGGUAUCGGAUUCCGCUUAGUAAUGAGAUUGUGCUCAAAGCCCACACCAAGCGUGUCUAUGUCGCGAUCAGGCAGGCUGCAAGUUCUUCUUUCUAGCAUCUUUAUCCAGCUCUUAAGUACAUCUACGAAUUUGAACAUAGGAAUAGAAAAUUUCUCUGGAGGAAGUAAAUACAAAAUAGUUUGUCACAAUUUUACAUAGGUGUUCUCAUCUUCUGAGUGUUUUGACCCUGCAUCUUUCCUGACUUCUAUUAUAGAUAUGUAUCCACUCUCUCUCUUUUCAUCGUUUGUAAUUCUUUACUAUAUUUGCAUGUAUAAAAGAAAAGAAAGAAAAAAAUAUAACUAUUCCAAAAGGUAGCA